UUAGAAAAAGGGAGUCUACAACUUUUCAAAGCUGUAAAACUGUUGUUACAAGUAAAAUAGGAAAUCUGAAAUUGAGCUUCAGAGAAGAGCAAAAAUGGCGAAAUCGAGUGCGGAUGAUGAGGAGUUGAGGAGAGCUUGUGAAGCAGCGUUAGAAAGUACUAAGCAGAAGAUCGUGAUGUCAAUCAGAGUUGCUAAGAGUCGUGGGAUCUGGGCGAAAACUGGAAAACUGGGUCGUAGUCAUACUGCUAAGCCAAGAGUUAUCGCCAUUUCAACAAAAGCAAAAGGUCAACGAACUAAAGCUUUUCUCCAUGUGUUAAAAUAUUCCACUGGAGGAGUUCUUGAGCCUGCAAAAUUAUACAAGCUUAAGCAUCUAUCGAAGGUGGAGGUUGUAACUAAUGAUCCAAGUGGUUGUACAUUUAUGCUGGGAUUUGAUAAUCUCAGAAGUCAAAGUGUCGCUCCUCCUCAGUGGACAAUGCGUAAUGUUGAUGAUAGGAACCGUGUAUUGCUUUGCAUUUUGAACAUCUGUAAAGAUGUUUUGGGUCGUCUCCCCAAGGUUGUUGGCAUUGAUGUGGUGGAGAUGGCUCUUUGGGCAAAGGAAAAUACUCCAACAUUUACCAAGCAACAUACUAAUCUCCAAGAUGGGCCUGUCAGUGCUGCUGUGGAAGAACGUGAGAUGAAAGUAACUGUUGAAAGGGAACUUGUGUCUCAAGCGGAGGAAGAAGACAUGGAGGCUCUUUUAGGCACUUAUGUAAUGGGAAUUGGUGAAGCUGAGGCAUUCUCAGAGCGGUUAAAGCGAGAGGUUCAAGCUCUGGAAGCUGCAAAUGUGCAUGCCAUUUUGGAGAACGAGCCAUUAAUUGAUGAGGUCUUGCAAGGGCUUGAAGCAGCCACCAGCUGUGUUGAAGAUAUGGAUGAAUGGUUGGGCAUCUUCAACUUAAAGCUAAGACACAUGAGAGAAGACAUUGAAUCGAUAGAGAGCCGCAACAACAAGCUGGAAAUGCAGUCAGUUAACAACAAAGCAUUGAUUGAGGAACUUGAUAAGCUUCUUGAGAGAUUGCGUAUACCCUCUGAGUAUGCAGCAUCUUUAACUGGCGGUUCAUUUGAUGAGGCAAGAAUGCUUCAAAACAUUGAGGCAUGCGAGUGGUUAACUAAUGCUUUACUUGGUCUUGAAGCUCCUAAUUUGGAUCCUGGCUAUGCAAACAUGAGAGCUGUAAAGGAGAAACGAGCAGAGCUUGACAAGUUAAAAACGACGUUUGUUCGAAGAGCAUCUGAGUUCUUGAGAAACUAUUUUACCAGUUUGGUGGAUUUUAUGAUAAGUGAUAAGAGUUAUUUUUCUCAGCGAGGGCAAUUGAAGAGGCCCGACCAUGCUGAUCUGAGAUACAAGUGCAGGACAUAUGCUCGUCUUUUGCAACAUCUGAAGAGUCUUGACAAGAAUUGCUUGGGCUCCUUAAGAAAAGCUUAUUGUACAUCCCUUAAUUUGCUUUUGCGCCGGGAGGCUCGUGAGUUCGCAAAUGAGCUUCGUGCCAGUACAAAGGCGUCAAGAAAUCCAACUGUAUGGCUUGAAGGUUCGGUUGGUUCGAAUCAAAAUAUGAAUAGUGCAGACACUUCAACAGUUUCGGAUGCAUAUGCGAAAAUGCUGACAAUAUUUAUCCCUCUACUUGUGGAUGAGAGUUCUUUCUUUGCUCACUUUAUGUGCUUUGAAGUUCCUGCACUCGUUCCACCAGGAGGUCUUGCUAAUGGCAAUAAAAGUGCUCAUGAUGAGGAUGAUGCAAACUAUGAUGAUUUGGGUAUUAUGGAUAUUGAUGAAACUGACAACAAAGCUGGUAAAAACACUGGUGAGCUAGAGGCACUGAACGAAUCACUUCAUGAUUUACUUGAUGGAAUACAAGAAGACUUCUAUGCGGUAGUGGAUUGGGCAUACAAGAUUGAUCCUUUGCGCUGCAUAUCAAUGCAUGGAAUUACAGAACGUUAUAUUUCAGGUCAGAAGGCUGAUGCUGCAGGAUUUGUGCGCAUCUUGCUUGAUGACUUGGAAUCUAGAAUUUCAAUGCAGUUCAGUCGGUUUGUUGACGAAGCAUGUCAUCAAAUUGAAAGAAAUGAGCGAAAUGUUCGGCAGUUGGGAGUCUUGUCAUAUAUACCAAGAUUUGCCACGCUUGCAACCCGUAUGGAGCAGUAUAUCCAAGGACAAUCAAGGGAUUUGGUUGACCAGGCGUACGCUAAGUUUGUCACUACAAUGUUCCUUACUUUGGAUAAAAUUGCUAAAGCAGACCCAAAAUAUGAAGACAUUAUGCUUUUAGAAAACUAUGCAGCAUUCCAGAAUAGUCUUUAUGACCUGGCUAAUAUGGUGCCAACAUUAGCAAAAUUCUAUCAUGAAGCCAGUGAAUCUUAUGAACAAGCUUGCACACGCCAUAUCAAUGUGAUUAUAUUCUAUCAAUUUGAGCGACUUUUUCAGUUUGUUCGAAGAAUCGAGGAUUUGAUGUACACAAUCCCGCCUGAAGAGAUUCCCUUCCAACUUGGGCUGUCAAAGAUGGAUCUUCGGAAGGUGGUAAAAUCCAGUUUAUCUGGGGCGGAUAAGUCCAUCAGUGCAAUGUAUAAGAGAUUGCAGAAAAACUUGACCUCAGAGGAGUUGCUGCCUUCAUUAUGGGAUAAAUGCAAGAAAGAGUUCUUGGACAAGUACGAAAGUUUUGCUCAGCUUGUAGCCAAGAUAUACCCCAGCGAGAACGUCCCAUCUGUUUCAGAAAUGCGCGAUCUUUUGGCAGCCAUGUAAAGAAGCUUUUUGUGAGUUCGAUUCUAGUUUUAGUUGUUAGGAAAAGUGUGUUGUAGAGUAUGUCUUCUGUUGUCUAUUUGUUUUCUGUAGAGCAUUUGCCUGUAUCGUCCUCGCGCCUUUUUUGUUUUCUUUUAAAGCUAUUGUAUGAGUUGUCUAAGUUCUUAUUUUCAAGUGUAACUGUGGAGGAAGAAGUUUUUAUGUUACUACAUAUCAAUUCAUCUGUUAGUUAUUAAAGAAGUGUUUUCACUAGUUA